CCAACCCGUUCCCUCAAAGUUUCUACUUCCCAAACCCUACAUCUUCAAUUCGCUUGUCGUCCUCUUCUCUUUUGACUUCUUGUUUAUCUUCUUCGUCUUCACUUCACUUCAAUACUCCACACCAUAUUCAACAUGGUUGCCUCAUCGAACACCGGCCUCGAGCGCGAGGAUCACCAGCGCGAUGCCGACUUCAACAAGGCCAUGCACGGCUCCUCAGCCCAGGCUCGAGGUGGUGUUGCUGCCAUGUUCCGCAAGGGCGGUGCUGCUAAGCAGGCUGCUGUUGAUGAGUACUUCAAGCACUGGGAUAACAAGCCCGCAGAGAACGAGACUCCUGAGGAGCGAGCUGCCCGUCAAGCCGAGUAUGCUACUUUGACCCGACACUACUACAACCUUGCUACCGAUCUCUACGAAUACGGAUGGGGCCAGUCCUUCCACUUCUGCCGAUUCUCCCAAGGCGAGCCCUUUUACCAGGCCAUUGCCCGUCAUGAGCACUACCUUGCCCACCAGAUCGGUAUCAAGGACGGCAUGAAGGUUCUUGAUGUCGGUUGCGGUGUGGGUGGUCCCGCCCGUGAGAUCGCCAAGUUCACAGGUGCUCAUAUUACCGGCCUGAACAACAACAACUACCAGAUCGAGCGAGCUACCCACUACGCCUUCAAGGAGGGUCUGUCCAACCAGCUUGAGUUUGUCAAGGGUGAUUUCAUGCAAAUGUCUUUCCCCGACAACAGCUUCGAUGCCGUUUAUGCCAUUGAGGCCACCGUUCACGCUCCCACUCUCAAGGGCAUCUACAGCGAGAUUUUCCGUGUUCUUAAGCCCGGUGGUGUCUUCGGUGUGUACGAGUGGCUCAUGACUGACGAGUACGACAACGACAACCUCCGCCACCGUGAGAUUCGAUUGGGUAUCGAACAGGGUGAUGGUAUUUCCAACAUGUGCAAGGUCUCUGAGGGUAUCGCUGCCAUCCACGACUCUGGCUUCGAAAUGCUCCACCACGAGGAUCUUGCGGAUCGCCCCGACGCCCUUCCCUGGUACUGGCCUCUGGCUGGUGAGCUCCGCUACGUCCAGACUGUCGGUGACUUCUUCACCAUUGUGCGCAUGACCACUUGGGGUCGAACCAUCGCCCACGGUCUGGCUGGUCUCCUCGAGACCUUCAAGCUUGCCCCUGCCGGAACCAAGAAGACUGCUGACAGCUUGGCUCUUGCUGCCGACUGUCUGGUCGCUGGUGGCCGGGACAAGCUCUUCACCCCCAUGUACCUCAUGGUGGCUCGCAAGCCUGCUGCGUAAACAAACAGGCUCAUGACAACAAAAUUUCCAAGUAACAAUUUCUCACGAGUGUCAAAAAGGAAGUGAAUUAUGCUAGCUGAUGAUGCACAUACAUAUGAAGUGGCUAGCCUCGGGAUAUAGAGGACCCAGAAGGCAGAGGAGUUUGGGGACUAUUGGCUUAUAAUUGUAAUAAACAUACCAAUACAAUUUCAUCUUUCUUGUCGUUG